AUGGCGCAGCGGUCGCUACAGUCGCUGGAGUUCAGCCAGCUCAGACGCGUCGACGGGCUGCCGUCGGGCCUCAGAACGCCCAGCGCGAGCGGAAAUGGCGUCGUGUCGCUGCUGCCCGGGUCGCAGCAGAAGCAAGUGCGCGUGAAGGGCAAGGCGCGGGUGAACAAUGGCGGCUUCGCGUGCCGCGCCUCGGGUGGAGUUGUUGAGCUCGAGCCCGCAUCGCCCGGCAGUCCGAUUCUCGUGCCUCGGCUACAGUACGCGGACUCGGUGUCGAAGACGAUUCGGCGCAAGACGCGCACGGUGAUGGUGGGCAACGUGGCGGUCGGCAGCGACCACCCCAUCCGCGUGCAGACCAUGACCACGUCUGACACCAAGAACGUGCAGGCCACUGUCGAGGAGGUGAUGCGCAUCGCAGAUCGCGGCGCGGAGAUCUGCCGCAUCACGGUGCAGGGGCGAAAGGAGGCGGACGCGUGCGAGCAGAUCAAGAACAAGCUCGUGCAGGCCAACUACAACAUCCCGCUGGUGGCGGACAUCCACUUUGCGCCCACCAUUGCACUGCGCGUGGCGGACUAUUUCGACAAGAUCCGCAUCAACCCCGGCAACUACGCGGACACGCGCGCGGUGUUCAAGACGGUGGAGUACACGGACGAGAGCUACCAGCAGGAGCUGGAACACAUCGACGAGGUGUUUUCAAAGCUAGUGCUCAAGUGCAAGCAGCUGGGGCGGGCCAUGCGCAUCGGAACCAACCACGGCAGUCUCUCUGACCGCAUCAUGAGCUACUAUGGCGACUCGCCACGUGGCAUGGUGGAAUCAGCCCUUGAGUUCGCGCGCAUCUGUCGCAAGCACGACUACCACAACUUCCUCUUCUCCAUGAAGGCCAGCAACCCUGUCGUCAUGGUGGCGGCCUACCGCCUGCUGGCGGCGCAGCUGAGGAGUGCGGGCCCGGACUGGAACUACCCUCUGCACCUGGGGGUGACAGAGGCCGGGGAGGGGGAAGAUGGGCGCAUGAAGUCCGCCAUUGGCAUUGGCGCGCUGCUGCAGGACGGCCUUGGUGACACCAUCCGAGUGUCGCUCACGGAAGCUCCAGAGGAGGAGAUUGAGCCGUGCUCUGCACUCGCUAACUAUGGCAUGCGCGCUGCCCAGCUCGGCAAGGGCGUGGAGGACUUUGAGGAGAAGCAUCGCAGCUACUUUGAGUUCUCGCGCCGCUCUGGCCAGCUGCCUCUGCAGAAGGAGGGAGACGCCAUUGACUUCAGGGGGAUGCUUCACCGCGAUGGAUCUGUUCUCAUGUCCGUUGAUGCUGGCAUGCUCAAGAACCCCGAGGCGCUCUACCGCGCUCUCGCGUGCAAGGUGGCCGUCGGCAUGCCUUUCAAGGAUCUGGCCACAGUGGACAGCAUUCUCCUCCGCGAGUCCCCAGCCGUUGACGACAAGGAAGCGCGUCUGGCCCUACGUAGGCUGCAGGAGGUGGGCGUGGGCGUGCUGGUGCCCGUGGAGGCCCUCGCAGCGUCGCCACUCCCCAACGCCGUGGCUCUGCUCACGCUGGAGCAGGCGAAGCUGGGCGUGCACAAGCACCUGCCGCAAGGAGCGGCGCGCUUUGCAGUGAGUGUGCGGGGCGACGAGAGCGAGGAGGACCUCAAGGCGUUGGUGGGGUUGGACGCUGUGAUGCUGCUGGCGCACGUGCCCCCGCAGGCAGAGGACAGCACUGUCAGCCGCGUGCACGCCAGCCGCAGGCUGUUUGAAUUCCUGCAGUCCAAUAACAUCACGACACCUGUCAUCCACCACGUCAGCUUCCCCGACGGCACUUCCAAGGAUGAUCUGGUGCUGCAGUCGGGUGCCGAGGCCGGUGCUCUGCUCGUGGAUGGGCUGGGAGACGGAGUGCUGCUGGAGGCGCCGAGCCACGACAUGGAGUUCCUCCGCAACACGUCCUUUGGCAUGCUGCAGGGGUGCCGCAUGCGCAACACCAAGACGGAGUUCGUCUCAUGCCCAUCAUGCGGCCGCACGCUGUUCGAUCUGCAGGAGGUGACUGCGUCCAUCCGCGAGCGCACCUCGCACCUCCCUGGCGUUGCUAUCGCCAUCAUGGGGUGCAUUGUGAACGGCCCCGGUGAGAUGGCUGAUGCUGACUUUGGCUAUGUGGGAGGGGCGCCCGGGAAGAUUGACCUCUAUGUUGGCAAGGAGGUGGUGCAGCGCGGCAUCCCCAUGGAGGAGGCCACAGACGCCCUGGUGAAGCUCAUCAAGGACCACGGCCGCUGGGUGGAGCCGGCGCAGGAGGAGGAGGUGCAGGCCGUUGCCGCCUGA